CUACCGCUUAACUAUAUUUGGUGAAAAUGUGAGACAGAGAAAUCACAGUUCCUCUUUGCUGUCACACAUUAUGGUGUGGUAGAGUUCUGCUGAGGGAGGUACAGCAUUACAGAUCUUAGUCAUGUGCUGAUUAUGUAAGGCAGACUGUGGUUUGUAGAAGUGUAGAAGUAGCUGUAUCUGAGGUGCUGUCGCUCUAUGUAUUGAGGGGGUUCUGGAACUCAGGAACAAUGCAGGUUGGGUUUUAUCUGCUGCUUGUGGUCCAUGUCACUGAAGGCUGCACUCUGGAAAACAGCAGAAUAUCAUCAUAUGUCACAGCACAUACGGGAGGGUCAGUACUGCUGCCCUGUUACUGCACUGACCUAUAUGCUAAACCUGAGACAUUCACCUGGCAGAAGUACCACACAAACACAAACACAUGGGAAGUGAUAUCCAGUGAGAGUGGUCAGUACAGAAACAAAGUUCAGCUGGUCAAUGGUCACUCUCCAGGAAAUCUCUCUCUACUCAUAUCACACCUGACUGAAGAGGAUGGAGAAUGGUAUAGGUGUGACCUUAACGAAGAUGAGUACAGAGGCAUCAAACUCACUGUUGAAGGGGCCUCAACAAAAGCUACUAAAACUUCUACUCCAGUGGUCAAGGCCAGAAAUGGUCCAACCAGCCCACCAAAUAGGCAUGAUUUCUUGAUUUAUGGUGCUGUGGGGGGGUUGCUGAUGUUGCUGGUACUCGGAGGGGUCAUAUACUGGAGAUACCGAGCUCAGAGACGAGAGCAGAUGGACAGCUGUGAGAGCAAAGCAGGACAGAGGAGAGAUCAGGAGACACAGGACUGCCCUGAGGUUCUGUACUGCACUGUACCAUCAGAACCUGCUGAUAAAGCAGAGCAGAAACAGGAUGAUGUGACGUACUCUACUAUAGACCACGGCAACGCAUCAACACCAACACACAAACUGAUGGACGCUGGAGAUACUAUAGAAUACGCCAGCAUCAAACUGAAUUAACAGCAUUGAACAAAAUGAAUAGCGUCUUUCGCUGCAGUGUCAAAAGUAUGCAGACACCUGAACAUCGCAUCCACAUGUACUUGUUGAACAUGUAAUUUUUCCCCCUAAUUUCUGCAUUAUUCAAUCAUUGAGAUGUAAACUCAUUUAGAGUGGUUUGAUGUGAAAUGGUUCAUUGUUAAGAAACUUACGUCCUUAGAUUUCUGUGCAGUGAUGGUGGUUGGAACUACAGGUCGCAAUGUUUACAACACAAAUACAGGCAUUUUAUUUACUAUCCAAAAUGAUUAGAGAAGUUUCACAUGUAAUUUUGGUCAUAGUAAAAUAGUAGAGUUCAGUGAUGGUGUGCUUUACCAUCAUUGCACCAGUUUAGCCAUCACUUGGCACUGCAUAUACUAAUUUUAGGCUUGUGUGCAAGGUCUUUUUCUGUGAGUUUGUGUGGCGUGACUUGCUGGGCAACCUAUUAUCUAUUACAGUACUAUGUUGAAUGUUACUGAGCUCUUCAGCACAACCCAUUCUACUGCUGGUAAUUGUCAAUGGAGAUUACAUAACUGUUUGACUUUUUUUUAUUUUUUGGACCUGUUAGCAAUGAGUGUGGCUAAAAUAGA